UACUAGUCGCUCAGAAGCCAAUGGGGUUACGUCCAGAAAAGAAAAAUUCCGAAAAUUCAUAUUCUGCUUCUGAAAUGAUUAUACGACAUAUUUAGAAGCUAUAGGAAGGGCUCUCUUUUAGAAGAAAACGAAGAAACGAGUAAACCCUUGAAUAACUAAAAAGAAUACUAUUUAUUCCGUCAAAAUCGAAAAAUCGACCGCACUGGCUUCCGAGCGACUCAAUUUACGGAUCGGUGACAGUGUUGUGGAGUACGUGCUGUAUAGUAUACCAGCGUUCACGAUCGACAUUGCGAAUACCAUCGAUUGGAGUUCGAAGAUAUGCAAAAACGGAAAAGCGACUUCGCUUCGGUUUAUUGGUGGUAAGAACGCGUUGCUCGCUUUAAUUGUGAUCUCGAGACCAGCGAAGCGUGCAGGCUUUCCGAGUUCAAGCUAAUUUUAUUGUUCGUCGAAGACCGAAGCCAUUAGCGGGGAACAUUACUUUAAACUUUAUAGAACUUUUAUAAUCCGUCCGACAGUAAUUCAACGAUUCCUCGGUACUUUCUAAUUGCGGGAAAAUGCGUAAGGAAUGAACAUUUAUUAGACUAUAAAUCCGUUUUGCAUACGAAGAAGGAGAUUUUCAGAUAACAUUUCGCGGAAGUCGUAGAGAACGAUUAACCGAAUACACUCGAGAGGAAUAACACAAGCGACGGCUGAAGGACCGAACAAUAGAAUCGUGUCUGCCGGCGCGUCGCUCGUGACACGCGCAUCUCGUACGAACAAAACGAUGAUUGACUGGAGGAAAGGGCAUUACGACGCGGGGCGAAACAGGGAAAACCGUAGGAUUACGUUUAACGGUGUUCGUUAAUGCAUUCAUUCUAUCCACGGAAAUCUGACCGUAUCGCCGCAUUUCCGGAAGCCCGAUGUGUCGCAAAUCACGGGGCCCAUAAACACGGCGAUGGGAGUUCCGCGGGGAGGGAAAAAAUUAAUCCAAGAAUUAGAAAACUGUUUUAACAACUUUAUCAAUUGCAGGCAUUAAGCUUUCUCCCCAGUUCAUUAUCCGCGUGCUAUAAAUAAUGAUAAACUUUUAUGGCUUGAUAACACGGUAGAAAGCGAUCGGCGGGCUCUGUUCUUUUCGAAUGUCAUUAUCGUGAAUAUUUAGAAACGUUACGAGCAAUCGGGAUCGAAGGAUCGAGAGGGGGAGCUUCAACAAUUCCAGAAAUUCCGACGGCGCGCACGAGCAUUCCGGUGUUUACGAUCGCCAAGGAAUCGCCAGACGCGAUAAAAGAAGAACGGGGAUGUCUGGCGACCUAAUUAUUGAUCGAUAUAUGAAGUAGCCGCAAAUAAUUAACUCUACCUCUUGAAUAUUUCCGACCGUAAUGCCUCGAAAAUAUUUGAAUACCCGAAGAACGCUUUAAACGCCGGAAAAGAAGAGAACUGUGCCUGUACAAGUACCUUACCUCCAUUUCCCAUAGUAUGUAAUUAAAGUAUCGCACGCACCUCUCGACGUUAGGAGGUUUAAAAUACAUUGAAUUAUAAUUUACCACGCGUAAGUACUUUCUCGAUGCAAAUAUGCCGUAGCUAAUUCAUUCGAAUAGAAUUUCGACUCGAGACACACGGAAUUCCUUUUCAAUUUCCGAUUUCUCUUUCGAAUCUAAAUUGCUAACGAAUUUGAAACUUGUUAUAUAAUACGGGUAUCGGCGUGCGCGACGGCGACGGACUCAUCGACGCCGUUGAGCCGAAGUUCGUCAACUGAAACUACUUGACCGUUACAGGUCGUUAAUUGCUUUAAAACGCUUGAAACGUAAUUGGUACCUAAUAAGCCUUUGGUUGCUCCCCGGAGCUUUCAUUGCCCUUUCGAUGCACAAGGUUGUUUCAAGGUCAUAGGACACACACUAUGAUGUUCAACGGGGAAACGAAAACAAAAAAGCUCCAGCGACCUUGAAACAAUGGAUUUUUAUUUGUUCAUUGGACAAACAAACGAUUCCCCUCGAAAUGACUUCAUCGUCUGGCUGUAAAAUAAAACGGUCUUUCACUUCGUUUUGUAUGUUGCGUUCGAUGUAACGCUGUCCAACUAUUUCGAACGAACCGACUGGAAUAAGAAAGUGCAUGUUUACUCCUCGCAGGUUUGAGUUCGCCUAAAGAUCACGGUAGGGUAAUUGCACUGGGUUACGCUUGUGUUUACGAUCAGGCGAACGUUAGCAAUGUCCUACUUGAACCGACUCCGCCGUCGGGUUUUUUCGUGUGAAAUCUACCUUUGGCCGGUUCUGCUACCGGCACACCUUGUGUAUCCAAUAUAUAAAAGUGAAACGUGAGCGCGAUAAAACGGAUGCACGGCAUAACAGAGAAACCAUGAGAAGGGGUCGACAGAGUCCAAGUUAACAUUACUCAAGCCCGGUAAGUAUUACGUGAACGCCGGCGAGAAAGCGCAUUUCUCUGGUGGAUCUCGAAGUGGAAAGUGGACACCGGGUCGUCAGAAAGAGCUUCGGCAGCCUCGCAGACAGCACAUCGCGCGGGGACCAGCCAUUAGCUCGUUAAACGCCCGAAAAUACUGCGACAUGGCGCGAUUCAUCUGCACGCUGCUCCUCGCGUCGCUCCUCGCCGCCCGUGGAGAUUCGUUUUCGUUCCUCGAAACGAUCAAGAAUUAUGGACCGUCGGCGAACGUUUUAAAUAGAAUCGAUCCGAACAACAGACGAUACGACUUUAUCGUCGUAGGCGCCGGCUCAGCGGGCUCCGUUUUGGCUAAUCGUCUUUCGGAGAAUCCGAAGUGGAACGUGCUCCUGCUGGAAGCCGGGGGACCCGAGACGCUGCUUCAUCAGAUUCCGAUUUUCGUUGGGUACUUUCAAUUGUCGAACUUCAACUGGGGCUACAAAGUGGAGACGCAGAAGGACGCUUGCCUCGGAAUGAUUAAUCGGCAGUGUUCCUGGCCACGAGGAAAAGCUUUGGGUGGCACCAGUACUCUUAAUUACAUGAUUCACACACGAGGAAACAAGCUGGAUUAUGAUAUCUGGGCUGCGCUUGGAAAUGAAGGAUGGUCUUACAAUGAUGUAUUGCCUUAUUAUAUCAAAAGCGAGAAAUUCGACGUGCCAGGAAUCAAGAACUCAUCCUACCACGGCGACAAAGGCUACUUGUGCGUGGAGCACGUGCCGUACCACACGGAACUGUCGAAGGCGUUCCUGAAGGCCGGCCAAGAACUCGGUUACAAGAUCGUGGACCCCAACGGCGCAGACCAAAUAGGCUUCUCCUACAUCCAAGCGAACUUGGACAAAGGGACCAGGUGCAGCGCCUCGAAGGCGUACCUGCGCGUGAACAGGCCGAACCUGAACAUAGUGACCGGCGCGACGGUCACCAAGGUGUUGAUCGACGAGAAGAAGCGCGCUUACGGUGUCCAGUUCAGUCAAAACAACCAGUCGAAGAGAGUGUUCUGCACCAAGGAAGUGAUCCUCUCGGCGGGAACGAUAGAUUCCGCGAAACUGUUGAUGCUAUCCGGUGUAGGCCCCAGAGACCACUUAGAGGAGCUAGGCAUUAACGUCGUAAAAGACUCGAAAGUGGGUUACAACAUGUACGAGCACGUGGGUUUCCUCGGGCUGACCUUCCUAGUGAACCAACCGGUCUCCCUGCUGCAGAGCAGACUGAUGAGACCCAGCGUCUUCGUGCAGUACUUCCUGCACAGGAACGGCCUGAUGUCCUUGCCAGGAGGAGCGGAGGCUCUGGCGUUCAUCAGGACGAAGUUCGCCAUCGACAGCAGACCGGACGUGGAGCUUCUGUUCGUCUCGGGAUCGAUUCACUCCGACGGAGAGAUACCUCUGAAGAAAGCCCUCAGGAUAACCGACGAGCUCUACAACGCCGUCUACAAGCCCAUCGAGAACCGAGACGCUUGGUCCAUUUGGCCCAUCAUACAGAAUCCCAGAAGCAUCGGCAGGUUGACUCUGAGGUCCAAGGACCCGUUCGAACCGCCGAGGAUGGAGCCCAACUUCUUCACUCAUCCGGCGGACGUGGAGAUCAUCCUGGAGGGCAUCAAGCAUGCCAUCAAUAUUUCGAAGACCCCGUCGUUCCAGAGGUACGACAGCAAGCUGCACGACAUCAAGAUUCCUGGGUGCACGACGUUCGCAUUCGCCAGCGACGAUUACUGGCGGUGCGCUAUCAAGCACCUGCCGUCUAUGAUGAACCACGAAAUCGGUACCGUCAAGAUGGGGCCCAAGGACGAUCCUUACGCCGUCGUCGACCCGAAACUCAGGGUGUACGGUGUUCAAGGACUGAGGGUCGCCGACGCCUCGAUAAUGCCUGCCAUGCCCACUGGACACGUGAACGCCGGCAUCUUUAUGAUCGGCGAGAAAGCAGCUGAUAUGAUUAAGGAAUCUUGGCAGUGAACGAUCGAGCCGAUGCCGAUAAGAUUUUGAUCGAUCGUGGUGUGACGGCUGAAACGUGUCCGGUGCAGGAAUGAAUUCGGUGCCAUAUAGAUAACGCGCGAAUUUCUUGGAAUUUCGAACGUUCACCUGGCAUUUCGAAAUUUUCCGUUCUUUCUCGAAGGUGAAGCGAGGUUUAAACGAAGAAUUGGAGCAUAAAUGUUUUCCUUGUAAAUAGGCGAGACGUUUGCUCCGAAGAAGCACCGGGUUCACGUCUACACUCGAUAUUUGCUCUCGCGUCGUCGCGAGCGCGAUCCACGAAUGCCAAGGCCACGGGAGAUAUCGAUGUUAAGUUUUCCUUAUAGGAAACCUGAUUUUCGUCACAAUAUUUGUGAAAGACAAUUUUCCAAGAGAAAUCCAUUGUUUACGUUUCGUCGUUCGCGAGCCAGGAUUCCCGGAUACAUCUUCCCUCCGUAAAGUCUCGCGCAACGUGUUGAACGGGGAUUAUUAGUUUGGAAAUGACACAGUGAAAUGAUCCGUGUUGCACGGCUGUAUAAAUAGUCAAACGUAGAACAUAGUCGAAGCGCGACGUUACAGGGGGAACACUGCGUUAAGAGUUAUCCUGAUAGUAAGUUUUUUGUGUGCGAUGUUUGAAUGGUUCUUGACGAUGAUGAACAACGUGGCCAAUGAACACGUGUACGUAGAAUGUUCUAUAAUAGGCUUAACGAGUGGAGUAAGAAGCUGUAAAUGCGCGAGAUAACUAUUUCGGUGGAACAGGGUCGGUUAAUCGGACAGAACUAAUAGCUUAAAAGAGAGUAGCUAUCACGCGCUGGACAAGCUCGUAUUGGAAGGUUGUACGUUCACAUGUCUUUCGGGAAAAGAUUCAUUAUAGUUGAUUGAUUUUUCAGGCGGUUGAAGUAUUUUCAGAGUAAACGAAGAUGAACGAUAUUUUCAACGUUCACCGCUUGCUUUUGUGUAGGAACAGGAACAGUGUAACUGAAAUUGUAUGUAUGUAAUUCAGGGGAGAAACAAUUUGACAAGUCUACAGAUAAAAG